AUGGGGAUGGAUUUAGACUCUGGCCUCCCGUAUACGGCAGAUAGUUCAGAUUUAUGGUCCAGAGGUUUUAGGGACUACAGUAAUUUUGAGCUGAAGCCAAAUCAUCGCGAUCGCCCGGUUUGGGUUUGUCCUGAUGGCUAUUUGAUCCUAGAAAUGUUUACCAACGUCAGUAAACAGGCCUUGGAUCUUAUUUCCACUAUUGCAGAACCAAUAUGUAGACCAGAUUUAUUACACGAGUACCAGAUUACUGUGUUUUCAUUGUAUGCUGCUGUAUCAGUGGGAUUGUUAGCCGAUGAUUUGAUACGUAAUUUGGACAAAUUUUCAAAAAAUAUUUUCCCCAAAGCACUAGAGCAGUUAAUCAUUAGAGCCGCUAAAUCGUUUGGCCAGGUAAAACUUGUGCUUCGUGAUAAUAAGUAUUACAUUGAGUCCAAGGAUAAGUCGGAAUUGGACUAUUUGCUUAGAAAUGAGAAGAUAAGAUCCGCUCGCAUAAUGAGUGAUCUAUGGACUUCUGAAAGUUUUGGAAAUGAAGGCAAAUUUGAGGAUUCAAAGCUUUUUGAGGCGCUAGAAGAUAAUGAAACUACGAAUUUGUUUGAGGGGUAUAUGAAAGCAGAAACAGCACCCGCACCCACAAAUGACACAUUGUCAUUUUAUGACAAGUUAAAUGAGACGGCCAAAUUCUCUGUCUACUCAUUUGAGCUUCAGCAGGAGAAGGUAGAAGAAGUCAAACGAGAGGCUCUUGAGACAAUGCAUUUACCCUUAGUCAUUGAGUAUGACUUUAGAAAGGACAGGAAGAAUGCAUCCCUUGACUGCAUUGUCAAGUCUAAUACAAAGAUCCGAUACUACCAAGAGAGGGCACUAUGCCGUAUGUUUAGCAAUGGCAGGGCUAGAUCUGGUAUAAUAGUCCUACCUUGUGGUGCUGGGAAGACCUUAACGGGUAUCAUUGCAGCUUGUACAAUUUCGAAAUCUGUACUUGUGCUUACUACUUCCGCAGUUGCCGUAGAGCAAUGGAUCAAGCAAUUCCUAGAUUACACCAACAUUUCAACCAAUAAGCUGCUAGCAUUAACAUCUGAUUGCAAGAGCGACAUAUGGCCCAUAGAAUCUUCGGGCGUUCUGAUAUCUACCUACACCAUGAUGACAUAUUCCCGCAAACAUAGCGAAAUGACUGAGAGGAUUAUGCGGCAGAUACGGGAGAGAGAUUGGGGCUUGUUGGUAUUUGAUGAAGUUCAAUUUGCGCCUGCCCCUGCCUUCCGCCGUAUAAACGAUAACGUUCGAUCCCAUUGCAAAUUGGGACUAACGGCUACACUAGUCCGGGAGGAUGAUCUAAUUCGAGAUCUACAGUGGAUUAUAGGGCCUAAGCUUUAUGAGGCAAACUGGUUGGAAUUGCAAGAACAAGGAUAUUUGGCAAAGGUGCUUUGCCAAGAAGUGUGGUGCCCAAUGACAGCCCCUUUCUACAAAGAGUACCUUAAGAGUCAGCACGCGAAGCAACGCAAAUUAUGGUCAUGUAAUCCCGUAAAACUUGCUGUUUGUGAAUAUUUAAUACGAUAUCACGAGGCUAGGGGGGACAAACUGAUUGUUUUUUCGGAUGUUGUGUUUGCUCUGCUCCACAUGGCUAGAUCAUGCGCACGCCCCUUUAUCUAUGGCAAAGUAAGUGCCACAGAACGUAUAGCUAUCUUAACAAAGUUCAAGAACUCAAACGACUUCAAUACCAUAUUUUUAUCCAAGGUUGGAGAUAAUGCAUUGGAUAUCCCCUGUGCAAAUGUGGUGAUACAGAUAAGCUUCAACUUUGCUUCUAGAAGACAAGAGGCACAAAGAUUGGGUAGAAUUUUGCGACCUAAACCAAAAGCGGAUUCUAGAGGAUUUAAUGCAUUUUUUUACAGCUUGGUGAGUAAAGAUACGCAAGAGAUGGUAUAUUCGGACAAACGACAGCAAUUUAUUAUAGACCAGGGCUAUUCAUACAACGUAAUAAGCUGCAACGAGUUUCCCAUUGAAACCAUGGACCUAAUUUAUAACAAUGCUAAUGUGCGUGAAGAGUUACUCUUGCAUAUAUUAUCCAGUCCUGAAGACUUGGAUGAAGAUGAUGAGGAGGAUCAGAUAAUGGCAAAUGAGCAAACCCCUGUGAUUCGGCAGAGGAUGGAAGGAUUAGUUGGUUUGACAGGUGGGAUGCCUGUGGUAAACCAGGAGCGCCCGUCGAAGCAGGCUAAAUUGAAUUCGAUGCACCCUCUGUUUAGGAGAUUUAUACAGGGGAAGCUCUGA